AUGCUCGAUGAAGGCAAACCAGCAAUUUUACAAAUAAUCGACAUUGUAGAAAUUGGAGUUUCAACACAAAAAUUAUAUGAUAUGUUAAAUAGUUAUUUAUCCGGUUCGUUAAAACAAGGCCAUAAAUACAAAGAUGUUAGUAAACAAUUUAAGAAUAAUGUUCAAGAUGUACAGCUUCCACGUUCUAUUCUCAAGUUAACUUUGACUGAUGGAAAUCAAAUUUUCGAUGCAAUAGAAUGCAAUCAUAUAGAUGAAGUGUUGGACGAUCCGAUAUUUGUACAAAUAAUUCAAAAAUCAGCUCAAGCAAUAAAAGGACGACAAGAAACCGAUUCGAUACCAAUAAUAGAUGAUUUGAGAUAUUCGUUGGAAAAGAAAUACGGACCACGCAGAGAAAAUUCUAGAAAAAUUUGCUUAAAAGUUAAAAAUUCAGAACAAAUUAUAAAAGAAAAAGAAGAUAGAUUAGAACAUGCUCGUAUUUUAGAAAUAAAUGCCCUAUGA